AUGUAUGCGAAGGAGCGUAAGACCACGAAGCCGCACAACAGCAGUGUGGCAUUGUCUGCCACGGCGCCGGCAGCAGCCCUUGUGCUGGCCUCCACGCAGCGGCUUACGCGGAGUUACGGACUCUCGUUCUGCGUGCUCCGGCGCGAAAAGAACGGCGGGGUGCUCUGCACGCCGCUGCAGGAAGCCUUCAGCGCGACAGACGUGGAUGCUGUGAUGCGGCAGGAGGGGCUGAAGGUGUCGCGAAACUCCGUCUUGCUGCGCCGCUACGCGGACGAGUGGAGUCGCAGGUGGACUCAGUUNCCCAGUGAGCCCCAACAACAACCGCAGCAGCCAGAACAGCCGCACGAGAGGAAACCAAAGCGCUUCCACACCGUGCCCAGUCUUCCGGAUGCCCUUCAUACGUUCCUGGCCAGCAUGGGCGCUGCGAGUGCCUCGGAGUCCUUCUCUUUGAUCGGCGGCUUGAUGCCCGCUGCAGGAGAAAGGAGUGAGGGCGAUUCUGGCAGCGCCUUAUCGACGGCGUCGACGCCUCCAGUGCAGCCGCUCACCUCGCUGUACAUAAACGCCAUUGACGCCAUCGCCGACACCACCGAGGAUCUGUCACGCCAGGCAAAGGCGGCAUGUGCCCUUCGCCAUCAGUGUGAAACCCAGGGGCACAAAGAGGAAGAGACGAACAUCACAGAGGACAGUACAACGGGGAGUGAAGACGACUUACCACAGCCUUCGUAUCGUUUUUUCGUCCUGGCACCGUAUGCACCGUACGCUGCACUCUACGCGGCCUCGAACGGUGUCGCCGCAACUGAAACAGAAGCAGCGACGCCUUCGUUUUGCGGUGGUGAGGCGUGUGAGAUCCUCCUUGUGUACAGGUGCCCCAGGGAGGCGGCCCGUGUGGUGGGGGUGCCGGUCCCCACCGAGAACCCAGAGGUGUGGGGGCGCGUGCAGUACCAGCAGGUGGGAGACGCUGAGCGCAGUGGAGCAGCAACACGUGUAGGCAGCAGCGACGAGCUCUUCUUCAUAGCGCAGAGCGUGGAGGACUAUCUUCGGCUCGGCACCGCAUUUGCGUGGGUGUACGGCUGGCAGCUUUGCUACGCAUCGCAUGGGCCACCCCCGCGGUCGCUGCCGUGGCUGAAGCUCUUCGCGCCCGGUGCCCUAUCCGCCGCCAUCGCCGCAGCCGCAGUUGAUGUUUCUCCGCCCCACUGA